AUGUCGUCCAUCAUCGUCUCGUCAAGACCAAAAGAACCAUACCAAUCCGUAUCAUGCCCAAACACAGCGUGUCGAGCCUCGAUCGAAUACCUUGCACCUCCUUGCUCCGAUCUCGCCGCCUUACCAUCCCACGAGACUUCGUUCACCGUCACAUGUUGCAGCUGUAACAAGCAAUUCGAGCCUCCCGGAGCCACCAAGAUGGUUCGCGAAGCUCGCAAGACCGGCGGUAAAGAUGUAGCCCGUAAACGACGCAUUGGAACGGACGAAAAGCCACUCGAUAUGAAGUACUACGACAUCCUUGGUGUUCCAGCCAGCGCGACUGUUGAAGAGAUCAAGAAAGCGUAUCGCAAACUCGCAAUCAAACUUCACCCGGAUAAAAAUCCAAACGAUCCAGAGGGAGAGGAAAAGUUCAAAGCCCUCGCUACAGCCUACACCGUCCUCUCCGACCCGGAGCUGAGGCAUAAGUACAACGAGUUCGGAGCAAGUACACCUGGUCUCACGCCCGAAGACGGCUUUGUUGACCCAGAGGAGGUGCUUGGUUCGCUUUUCGGUGGUGAGCGAUUCGCAGAUAUCAUUGGUACUAUCUUCAUCGGUAAAGAGAUGAAAGAUGCUCUACAGCAAGAUUCAGAUGAUCUUGAACGACAAGCAAACGGCGACAGCACCGCUGGUGGGCAAGGGGCUGAUAGUUCUGCUGCGACAAAACCCACUUUAACAGCAGAACAAAAAGCAGCAAAGGAAGAAAAAGAACGCAAACAAGCAGCCGAACGCGAGAAACAACGUCAAGAACGUGUCUCGAAACUCGUCGAGAAACUCAUUUGCAAACUUAGCAUCUACACUGAAGCCGCCCGGAACGCCGACGAUCCAGUGCCGGAUAAAGAGGUGGAGAAGAGUUUCCGCGAGAUCACACGGUUGGAAGCGGAAGAGCUCAAGCACGAAUCGUAUGGUGUGGAGCUGUUGAAUGCGGUUGGAUUUGUUUAUUCGGCCAAGAGUAAGCAUUAUUUGGCUAGUACAGGCUUUUUGGGUUCUUUCGGAGGUGUUUUUCAUUCGGCUGCCUCGAGUAUUCAUGUUGUAAGGGAAACCGUUUCGACAGUAAGGGCGGCGUUGGAGCUUAAGAAAGUGUUUGAGGAAUUGGCCAAGGCCGAAGAGUCUGGCAUUACAGUGGAGAGAAAGAGAGAGUUGGAAGAGCAGGCGGCCGAGAAGGGUAUGCGGGCGCUGUUCAAAGGUGCUAAGCUGGAAGUCGAGAGUGUGAUUAGAGAGGUCAGCGAAGCUGUAUUGUACGAUGGUUCGGUUGGCAAAGAGACUCAGAGGUUACGAGCACAGGCCUUGGGCAUUGUUGGUGAGAUCUAUAUGUCGAUCAAGAAGGGCAAAGAGGAUGGUAUGACGAAUGAAGAUGCGAAUGCUGCCCAUGAUGAUUAUGUCAAGAUCGAUACCAAAGCUUCGAAAGAGCGAGACCAGAAAGAGCAGCUGUCAUCAUCGCAUCAGCAAUAA